AACUCCGCGUCGUGUCGUGCCGUGUGCAAACGCUCUCCCGCGCGGGACGCGCGCUGUUAGGGCAGUCUGAGUCAGACCGCGGUCCAGAAACUGAUUCCGCCAAAAUAAACGUGGAAAAAUACUUUUCUGCGUUCGCGCGCGCCUACCGCCUACCCUACGUGAACUCUUCGCCGUGAUCGUCUUCUCUCCGCGGAUUGAUCCACCGGAAACCGGCGAUCCGCCGCGAUCAGAGCGACAAUCUCGGUUAAUCAACUCGUGUCAAGUGUUCCUGAAUCGAGUGAUUCACGCGAACACCGAUCGAUCAACGCCGUCGACGCGAUAGGAAGCGUGAUUUUCGCGUUCCCCGGAACUGGACUUUCAGUGGUGAUCGCGGCGAUUUUUCGACGGACCUUUAGACCCGAGUGAUUCAUGAACGUCGAUCGAUCGAUGGAAUCGACGCGGCAAACAACGUGAUCUCGCGAUAGAGAGCUUGGACUUGAAGUGCUGUCUGUUCGUGAGGAUUUUCGCCUGCACCCGAUGAACUUGUUAUCGAGUGAUCCGUAAACGCUGAUCGACCAAUGGAAUCGACGCGACGAAAAGCGUGAUUCCACCUAGGAUAGAGAGCUUAGACUCUGAGUGGUGUUUGUGACGAUUUUUCGCCUGCAUCCAGUGAACUCGAAACAGAGUGAUAAACGCUGAUCAAAGCGGAUCAACGCGAUAGAGAACUGAAUUCCGUGGUUCUUAGGACAGAGGAUCUAGACUGAAAGUGGUGUUUAUUUGUGGUGAUUCUCCGCCAGCAUCCGGCGGACUUGAACCGUCGUUGUCGCAGUGUUCUUCCCUGUGUGCUCGGUUUGUUUUCGUGUCUGUGCUCGCCCACGAGGCCACUUCUGGAGAACCGUGCCCACAGGUUCGCCAUCUCCUCGCGAUCGAUCGAUCCUAUUGCAUCGCGUUGCCCGCGCACUGGCGUUGGUGGGGGCGGAGAACGGUCAGAGGGAGGAAAUAAUGUUUGCCCCUGUUUUUUUUGUCCCUCCUCCUCCUCCUCCUCCUUCCUUCUUUUUCUUCCCGAAUGCCACUCGAUAUUCGAUCAUAGGUCGACGUUCAUUCGCCGGCUAAAUUAAUUCCGAUUCGACGGGUCGUUACGCCUCGCGCAUCCUUUAUUGCGACGGGCUCGCUCGAACAGCCGCACUUCACGCUAAUGAGCUGCUCCCGUGCAUUGUGCUGUUUACCGCGGCACCACUGGAACAAAUCGCUCGUUACUUAUCGACGCUGGGACCGUUCGAGGGGUUAAUCGAGUCGUGGUUGCCGAGGGAUUCGGUUUCAACCCCUAAUCGUCGUCUCGGAUGUUCCUUUACCUUCCUCCUAAAUGAAUCUUCGUAACGUUGCUUCGUCACCCGGGGCGAUUGUUUCGCGUUCAACUAUAUGCAAUUGUUCUUUCUAAGAAGAACCGCUAGCUCCGCGCUUCUAUGUUUAUACGCUCGCUGGCUUGAACAACAGUUCGAGCCGGGAAAACGGAGUUUCGCGUUCUAAUGUAUUUUUAACCGACCGGUCACCUUUUCGAUUUCGUCGCCGCGCCUGAAAAUCGCGUCCCGUGCGGACGCUCCUUUAGCGCAUUAGUCGAAUAAUUGACGUUUCGACGACCGUUUCCGAGAUACCAGAGUUCCCCGAAACACUCCGCGGAGGAGAUUAACGCAAUUAUCGGCGGGCGUGUCAUCGGCUGUGGGAUCCGGCAGAGGAGUAAAUCGACGGUGUUUUUCCCCCGGUUUCGUCGUCGUCGUCAAAGGUGCAAACGUCUUUCAUGUUCGCGAGUGUGCCGGCAGGGACGCGGGAAACGCUCCUCCUCGUAAUGUAACUCUCUUUCGCCCCGUUUCCCUCGAGUGGUAAAUGUACACCGCGGGCCGGAAUAAUGAAAAGUGAACAUUCUCAAACGAUGGACCAGCGAGAUUCAUUGUCUUCGCGGUUGGACGAUUGGUAAACUCUCGCUCGCGACGUUCUUCACUUGUUUUCCUUCUUUUCUUUCUUUAUCUUCCACUCUGCUUUUCUGUUUCUUCGUUUUUGUUUGUUUGCCUGUUUGUUUGUUUUCUUUUUCUAUCUUCCCUUCUCCCGCGAACCGCGCGAGUCGGUUUGAACAAACAGUACGUCACACGAACCGUGAGAGCGUUACUACUAUGUUGUAACGUGAGAUCGGUCAACGACGGACGUUGAACAUUGACAAAUGAUGAUAGUGCUUCUGCUGUGCGUCAUCAUGAAAAUAGCCGAAUUCUCUGUGGGCCGGAUGAGCCCGCCAUUGCAAGCGCCCCCGAGGCCGCCGUACUUUUGCCACGGCAAACGGAAGGGACAGGAACGGAAGUAUCGGAGGAGGGCCGAUCCGAAGUGCAAUUGCUUCCUAUACAAUCGUGCAGGUAAAGGGGCUGCGGUGAUGGAAGAUCCACAAACACCGGGAUCAGAUUGCAAUUCUAAUCCUGCCACAGAUUCCAUGCAACACGACUUAAUUGAUUCUGAAUUUGUACAGGAUAAUGUGGAAUAUCAGUGGUUCAUCGACUACGGCUACAGAGAUGGAGGGCUUCAUAUUCAUCCUAGUGUACUGUCCUCGCUCUCUGCUUCGUAUUCCAAGGAGGAUUUGGGUUACUACGAUGAUCUUGCCCGUAAUCUGGAUGCUAACUUGGCUGAGAUUGAUAUGGAGAGUUUUCGUACAGCAGAUAUUCAUACUUUGCUUACAGCCCUGCCUGUCAUGUGCACAGAUCCAGUUCAGCAUUCAGAGUUUAACUAUCAAAGGGAACGAUAUGCCAGUAUAUCUGGAUCUGUUAUGGAAAAGCUUGACAUUGGUUCAUCUAUCAGCCCUCAUACCAGCAGCCAGGGAGAAGAUUCAGCCUGUUCAACGACGGACACCAUUUCCAUUUGCAAAUCGUCGUUGCUCUUUUCCCCUCUGAAAGAGACACCCGUGCUACCACCAGGGGGUAGUUACAGCGUCGACUCUCUGGACUGUGAAGAUAUGUUACUAACAUGCCAAGUGAACAACAAAGACAAUUACACCAUCGCGUUUGAGGGUAGUAUUACAAUGUACUCGGAUGGCUCUCAAGAUUUUGAAAAUCAAGAGAAACAGAAAAAUGAUGAAACAUCAGAAGCAUAUUACAAUAGAAAUACCGACUUGAAAAAUGUAUUAGAUUUAUCAAUGGCAUGCUCUGAUUCGAAAAUUUAUACUACAUGGAGUAACUUGAAACAUUCCUCCAUGAAUAAAAUUAUGACUCGUCAUCCCUCGGGCAAUAAUAACACGAAUCCAGAAUUUUUACAAGGUGUCGGGAAUAUUCUACUCGGGACAAAUAAGAGAAGUCAGAGUUUACCAGAUCUUACUCAAGCUACUCAACUACAGCACAUCAAUGUACCUCUAAAUUUUUCUGUCGAUUCUGCGGAAUCAAAUAAUCAUCCACAACAGUUGCACAGUUCAGGAUCCGUAAUGAGCCAUUCUACAAACGAAGAAUGCUCAGACAGUGGGGAGCACGCUUCAUCAGGGAAGAAGUUGCAAAACUUAAGUCUUGUGAAAUUAUUUAUGAAACAAAAAAGUAUGAGUGCGGACGGAAUGAGUCUCACCUUCGACCAGUCAGACUCCGUCAGCGACAACGGAUGGCCUACAAGCAAUAGCGCUAGUGAUAGUGGUACUAAUACAAAUACCCAAAUACAACGGAAAAAUAUAAAUAGUACUUCCAAAUGUCAGGUGCCAGAAAGUGACUUUUCUAUAAAUUGGGUUAAAGGAGAUCUUCACAGUAAUCAAGAAACGGAAAAGCCGAAAAACGUUUCUAACGACAUUCCAAAGCAUUCGUCGAUAAUCAUUGAACAGAAAGAUGAAAUGAUGUCAUCAGCAUCGGUAGAAGAACUGUCCGAGAGCAUGUCCAAGUUAGAUUUAACGCAAGACAACGAUAACGUCCAAAACAGCUUCGACGUUGCGUCCAACGCGUACGACCAUCAAAGGAAAACUGCGUGGAUCCGAUCAUUAGAGAAGAAGUAUUCGAUUUGCAAAACAACGGGUAUUCAAGCGAUAGCUGAAAUGGAAGACAAUGCGGUUCAAACGUCAUUGCUGUUCCCGCAGCCAGCGGAGAAGGAGAAUCCGUCUCUGAGGGAAACGAUAGUGAAUAAAAAACCAAUAUACGUUGUAUAUCCGAAUUAUGCGUUACCUGACUUAUCGUUUUUAAAUAUCAAAGACACGAGGUUGGACAACGUAGCCUUGAAGCCGCAGUGCUACGGUAGAAGUAAGGUUAGCUGGAGACAACACGGCGGUAAAUCUGCUGGUAGACCGUUCUCGUGCAAUGACAUAGAUGCGUUGCGUCAACGUGGAUUCUCACACGUGAAAGACUGGGAGUCGUUGACAUUCCUCCUGCCUGUCGAGUACAAGAAGAUCCUGCACGAUGUACCGGAGGUUUCCAAGCACAUCAACAUCAACGAGGAAAUGAAGAAACCGUUGUUCUGUUUAUCACCCCCUAUGCGCCAUAAAUCUCGACCUAUAAGUGAAAUCAUACCAAAUAACUCGUCCUCCACCAGCAGCACCGCGACUCAGCCGUCUUCUGGAUACCGAGGUUCUUCUACGAUAUUGACCGACUCGUCGACGAACCAGCAAACGUCGAACAACACGACUAAUCCGUUAUAUCUUUACCGUUACGAUAGUAUUAGUUCCGAGGCCAGUUUAGUGAGUAACGACAAAAAGGCGUACAAACAAGUCAACAAAACCAAGACGGUCUACCCGACGUUUUCGAAGCGAUCCCUCUCGUUGCCGCACGGGGACCGUGAAUCCGACGUUUGCAACGGAAAAGUGCCACCAAGACCACCUUUACCUAGAAGUAUUUUAAGAAAAAAUAAGGUUCCUGCGAGUAAGAGGUACAGCAUGUUCGAAAUGGGGGACGUCGAGGAAAUAGAGGAUCAGCAAGCACCCGAGGCGAACAAGAGAAUGUCCUUGCAAGAGCCAUAUUAUAUGAACAAUGAUCUGCAGUUACUGUAUCGCGGAAAAAUUAUCGACUCGGAGAAGGACAUUGACGAGAUGGAGGAGAGAUAUCAGGAGAGGAUGAACGACAUAAUCAGCACAGGAGACAUAGAGACUGAAACUUCGGAGAAUAGCGAGGACGACGUGAAACAGCUGGAGGAGUAUUUAAAACGUAGCGGCUUCUCCUCGCAGAGCAGCGACGGAGAUAUCGACGACCCUGAUCUUAAAUUUAGAGCGUAUGUGAGAAAAUUUCUAGCUCUGAGAAUGAACAAGGAUAUUACCAAAAAUACUGAUAUGUUAGAAUCACAGAAAAAGACUGUCAGUUUCGCUGUAAACCAAAGGAAGAAAUAUUUAGACAAUAAGAUCAAUAAUUUAAAUACAAUUCCAAAUGAACAAAGUAAAAAUUGUGCGCUUAUGGAAGAAAGGAGGGAUACGAGUCCUGAGAAUAAACCUGUAGACCUAGGCGAAAAGAGAAAAAUGAUACUGUCCGUGAUCAAAGCGGUGGAUUUGUUGUUGGAAUAUUGGGACGGAGGUUUCGUUCCUACGGAACUUAAACAGAAUUAUGGUGAUAAAAACGAGUGCGCGCAAAUCUGUCUUAACCAUUUAUGUCCUGCUUUGUACGCUAUAAUGUCGGAUGGAUUGAAGCCACAUUUAAAUUCUACGUUUGGACCAAUAACGAAUAGCGUCUGGCAGGUUGUCGAGGCGUCUUCCCAGCAGGAUCCAGUUACCAAAACACUGAACGAAUUAGUACAAAAAAUCAAUGGCGAGGAUGUCAUGACAGAAGGAAUGUUGAAAUUCCAUGCAUUUGUAUUUGGUUUAUUAAAUUUGAAUGCUUUAGACGCGUGGUUCGCAUAUUUAUGCACAAGGGAAUCGAUCUUGAGGAAGCAUUAUAACAGUAACAAUAUAUUCGUCAACGCUUUAGCCAAUGCGAACGCGCGUGAAGUUGUCAACGCUCUCUUACACGUUUUAAGUCCCCUCUCCCUUUGCCCAUUUCAAUUGGAUCUUCUGUAUCAGUAUCGUCAGCUUCACAAUAGUUUUGGAAAUUUGAAUAACCAUAAUUUAAACGCUGUAAACUUUAGGAACGUCGAUGUUGCUUCAAAAGAGCAUCAGUUUGAUAAAGCGGAUGUUUGCGCAGCUGUCUCUAGUCCAAGGAAGGUACGCCCGCGUUCCUGUGUCGCUUACAGUAAUUACGACGACAAAUCUGGCCAGCAUAAGUCAGACGCGGAAACAGUGAAGAAACGUUUAAGCAAUCCUGUAGGCUCCAAAGCGAUCAGGGCUUUAGAUAAAUUGGCGUCCGAGGAUUCCGAGGAUUACACCGAUAGCCUGGAGCACUCGCCAUUGAACAGGGCGUCGAGCAAGCAUCAUCAUCCCGCCGCUCGUGUAAAGUCUCGUAGCCCGGAGAAGAAGACAGACGAGAACAUGCCUGGAGAGAUGAAGUUCAGGAAGCUUCAGGAGAAGUGGGAACUAAUGGUUGGAAAGGAAGACACGAAGAACCAAGCCACGCCGUCUCCUUCGUCGCCAACGCGAACACCCACCAGUUUAGGGAAAUCGAAAAUUCCCAGGCUCCUUACGUCUCCGGUGAAACAGUCGAACACCGCCGUAGGUCACGCUAAGAAUACAAAAUCCCCGGUCUCGGGGAUUCCGUCGUUGAAGAAACCUGUCAUGUUGUCGACGACGAAAACCGCACCAAAAAAGCCUGUAGAAUUAAGGAACAAAGAGACAACAAAACGUACCAGCAGGGUAGACGUGGAACACGCGGGAACAGCGCGAACCUUAGCGCGACCUAGUUCUCUGCCCUACAAAUCUUAUGGUGUGAUGUCUAAAGAGAAGCACAUGGUGUCUCCGCAGAGACGAGCAGCGUCCACAUCUUUACCACGACCAACCACAACUGCAGCUGCUACGAGAAAUCCUCCUACAAAGAAACCUCUGAAAGAGGUACGCACCAUCACACACAGAAAUCCGUCAGAUAACAAAAUGCUUCUUGCAUUCGGAGAAGGCGAGAAGCUGAAAGUGAUUCUCGAGGUGGACAAUAAAUGGUUGUUCUGCUCGAGGGGUGAUCAAAAAGGUUUGGUUCCGCGGAGGUGUGUGUACAAUAUUCAGACUUAGCCCCGCAUGUAACGCGCGUGCCGCCGGUAUAACGUUUUAUCAGUGUGGGGACAAUGUUUCAAAGACUCGAACGUAAUUAUACGGAAAUAAUAAUAUAUUCGACGAAGUGUAUGGAGACAAAGGAGAAACCGUGUACAGUGUAUCAAAGGAAAGGCAUAGAAUUGUUUCUAAAAAGUAUUGCAUAGUAAUUGUUAUUACUCAUAAUUGUUUGAAUUGCUUGAACUUUAUAACGGAAAUCGCGCGAUAGUAUUAUUAUAUCACUCACCAACAACAACAACAACAUCAUCAGAGUAUAAUAAAAUGAAAGGAAAAAUAGGUACCGCUAGUCAUAGGCUUUCAAACCAGAUUAUAUUUAAUUAAACUGAACAUACACACCUAUUUAUAACCAGAAUGUACAUAUAUACAGUAAAAAUAUAUGAUAAUAAUACGAUGAUGAUAAAGACGGCAAUGACAUGUAAUAACUUAUGAUUAUUAUGAAUGUAACUGUGAUCAUAGUGUAUAGGCGAGUAAGUUUAUUAACUGCGACCGUGCGCGGUGUAACGUUGAACUUUUUAUUUUUACCGUUAUAACUUAUAUUUUUAGUCGCGAUCGAUUCCAUACGUCGCACCGUUUAACGAGCAUCUCAUUUUAAUUUUAUCCGAUGUAUAAAUUAUUAUCGUCGUCGCGCGCUUGUGGUUCGCAACAAUCACAUUUUUUUACUUGCUUCAUGUAUUCUUUAGUAUGCGGGGAGCAUACUGUGUAAUCAAAUAAAAUCUACAAUUGUAAUUGUAACUCGUUCCUGUAUACUUCCUCGUGUUAUAGUAUACUUCCUGUAAGGCAUCCUGUUUCUUUAGAAUAUAACAUUAUUAUGAGUAAUACGUGUAAUAUACGAAGUAAACAAUGCGACUACACACUGUGUCCAGAAAGAAAUCGAACCUCUGUAAUUCUCGAUAUUUCUCUAAUGAUGUUUAAUAGCGUUUCAUAAAUUUCUUUUACCUUUCACUUUUGUUAAAAUUCGGUAAGCUAGUUCUUUCCUGCCCUGCUUACUAAAAAGUCUAUUACUUCGGUUCCCUUUAUUAUGUAAUCAUUACACAUGAAAUUCUCUAGACAUUUAAGUAUUCGUAGAUUAUAUUGUUUUUUAUUUUUUCAAGCACCGCUAUUUUAUUUCCUCUUGUA